UUAUUUCUCAGCCAAUUGGGUGUUGGUUUGCAGAAGAAUUCUGAUUGGCCUGUGACCACACCAGUGCUAGCUGCAAGAAAGAGAGAGAGAAGGAGAGCUCUCAGAGUAAUCAUACAGAAGACCAUACAGAGGCGAGGAAGCAACUUGUCCCCGUGUGCAUGCCGUCUGCCAAAAUCAGCCUAAAGCAGGAUGAUGGCAUGCUGGAUAAAGGUGCAGUGAUCGGGUCCAAAUCACUGUCAAAAUGUCUGGGUCACAGUGAGAGACUCAUGCCGUGUCAACACUAGUUCCAUCAAGGUCUAUUAGAACCAGACAGCAUGCAGAACCUCCGACAUGCUGCCUCUGAGGCUUUCCAGCGUCUCGGGUUAAAGCAAAAACAUCUGGGAUAUGAAGAGCUGGGUGAACUGGACGGGGUGGAGAAACCACAGGCGCACUGGUUUCACACGCUACAGGUGCGCCGGCUCAGGGUUCAGAGAGGCCGCAGUAACAGCGAUCCUUUAGGAGGAAAGAGCUUUCAACAGGAGUUUCAGUGGAAAACAGGCCUGGAGUUUGGAAACGCAAUAUCUUACCUUAACCUUGAGAAACUUGGAGAGGGCACAUAUGCUACAGUAUACAAAGGAAUUAGCAGGAUAAAUGGUCACUUGGUGGCUCUGAAGGUGAUUCACAUGAAAACUGAAGAAGGGAUUCCUUUCACAGCCAUCAGAGAAGCCUCCUUGUUAAAAGGCCUGAAACAUGCUAACAUCGUCCUCCUCCAUGACAUCAUCCACACGAGAGAAUCUCUCACCUUUGUUUUCGAAUAUGUGCAAACGGAUUUGGCCCAGUACAUGACUCAGCACCCUGGUGGACUGCAUUCAUGCAACGUCAGGCUCUUCAUGUUUCAGUUGUUGCGGGGAUUGUCUUACAUUCACAGCAGGAGAAUUUUGCAUCGAGACCUCAAACCUCAGAAUCUGCUCAUCAGCUAUCUGGGAGAACUCAAACUAGCCGAUUUUGGUCUGGCUCGAUCGAAGUCAAUACCGUGCCAAACGUACUCGGCAGAGGUGGUGACUUUAUGGUAUCGCCCGCCUGAUGUUCUGAUGGGCUCCACUGACUACUCCACUGCACUGGACAUCUGGGGAGCUGGCUGCAUUUUCAUAGAGAUGCUGCAGGGGUCAGCAGCGUUUCCUGGAGUAGCAGAUGUUUUCGAGCAGCUGUUGAAGAUCUGGACAGUUCUCGGGGUCCCGACCGAGGAGUGCUGGCCAGGUGUCAGUGAUCUGCCAUACUAUAAACCAGAAUGGUUCCUACCCUGCAAGCCCCACCAAUUUCGAGAUGUCUGGAAAAGAUUCGCUCAGUUACCUUAUAAGACGGAGGAUCUGGCCCAGCAGAUGCUGACGAUGAAUCCAAAGGACAGGAUUUCGGCCCAUGAUGCAUUGCUGCACCCUUAUUUCAACACUCUUCCACCUCCGUUAAUGCAUCUGAGAGACACUGUGUCCAUCUUUAAAGUGCCCGGCGUGAGAUUAGAGACGGAAGCGAGGGAUAUCUUCAGCCCAAGCAGACGAAAUAAAUCGCCCCUCGCUCCUUUGGCCAAGUGCUGGUGAAACACUGCCCCACCAAUACUGUAUAUAAGAUAGUUGAUGUAUAUGUGACACUGUAUUGCAGCAUGACAGUCUGUAUUUUGUUUAUUUUGGAGGUGGGAGGACCAUAAAAUCUUAUAGACAAUUUGAGUUUUUCUGGAUUGUCUGUUAACUUUAAAGGUAUAAAGUACAGAAAAAUAUGUAAUUUCUUCAACCUGUAUCAAUUGCUUUGAUCGGCUGAAUACAAAGGAAGAUAUUUUAAAAAUAAAUUUGUAGCAGAUCUGGGGCACCAUUGACUUCCAUUGUAGGAAAGAAUAAUACUAUGGAAGUGAAUGGUGCCCCAGAUUAAAAUUGUUCAGAAUAUCUUUGUUGUCAACAGAAAAAAAAAUGUACAGGUCUAUAACAACUUGAGGGUGAGUAAAUGAUGACAGAAUUUUCAUUUUUCAGUGAACUAUCCCUUUAAAGGCCAUCCAUAUGCUAUUGUAAUCUUGUACACUUUUUGCAGAUAAACACAUUUUAAUUUUUUUUAACACAGAUAAUCCUGCACUCACUUAAUUUAUCCAACCAAAGGCUUUCUAGGGUGAGACUGUCAAAUUUUAUUUAUUUUUUGGUAAAAAUUAUAUCAUAUCAACAUAUAUUUUAUAUAUGUUAAAUAAGUUACUUAACAAAUUAAUUUAAACAAUUUCAACUUGUUUUUCUAAGUCAUGUCAAAUUAUCAAAAGUCAAAACUUAGGUUGUAUUGACUUUAAUUGUUUAAACUUUUUUUUUUUACAGUGAAUGAUGUUCAAGCCCUUUUAAUCUCUGUAUCUGUCUUUACAGUUUAAAGCACAAUUUACUUGUAAAUAAUUUGAAAGCAUAAAUAGGAGGCAUAUAUUAAAUUUGAUAUGUAAUUUAAUUGUUGUAAAUACAGAUAUGAUAUGCAAGAUAUGACUUGAUAUGAAAAUAUGUGUCACUCCAUAUGUGUAACAUCUGUUUAUGUAUAAAAACACCUGGUAAAUAUCUUUAUCACCUCUCCCCUUUGUGUUUUAUGUGUCAAAACUUGUUCAAAACGCAAAACUGUCUUUUUACCUGCAGUAACGCAUCUGCUUUGUACCAAAAAAGCUACAGUAUAAUACACGUAUUACAGUCUUCGCGAUACUUUGACAUGUGCUGCUGUCCAGAUAAUGUGUAAAGAUGUACAGCAAUGUCAGUCAAUAAUGUGUAAACAUGUUUUUUAAGUUUUAAAAUAAUAGAGGAUUUGUUUUAAGCUAAAGAAAUGUGAACUUCAUACACAUCCACACACUUUAACGUCAUACUGACAAUGUGUCUUUAUAAAAAAUU